AUGGCGGCGUCGUCGUCGACGACCAACACGUCGGAAGGCGGCGGGAAGCCAGCGUCCUUGUGCCCGAGAGGCCACUGGCGGCCGGGGGAGGACGAGAAGCUGCGCCAGCUCGUGGAGAAGUACGGCCCCCAGAACUGGAACUCCAUAGCCGAGAAGCUCGAGGGCAGAUCAGGCAAGAGCUGCCGUCUCCGGUGGUUCAACCAGCUUGACCCGCGGAUCAACAAGCGGCCGUUUACGGAGGAAGAGGAGGAGCGUCUGCUAGCGGCGCACCGAGUCCACGGCAACAAGUGGGCUCUCAUCGCCCGCCAUUUUCCUGGCCGCACUGACAACGCCGUCAAGAAUCACUGGCACGUCGUCAGGGCCCGCCGCAGCCGUGAGCGCUGCAGGCUCCUCGCCAAGGCCGCCUCGUCCACCUUCCCGUCCUACUACAGCGGCGGCGCCCAGCUCGACUUCGCCGGCGCGUCGGCCGGCUCCUUCUGCUUUGGCUUCUCCAAGCCUAGUGGUGGCGGUUUCUUCGGCUCACCGCCGGCUGCGGCGGCAGUGGCGCCUUCUUCUACUCCAGUACUGUUCAAUGGCUACGGCGCUUCAGGAAACCAGAGCUUGCUGUCAAGGUACAGUAGCUACCUGGACGGCGGCAAGCAACCGGCGGCGCCGUCUUCUCACUCCAUCGCCUUCUCCUCCCCACCUUCAAGAGAAGCACUAGCGUUGGAUGGCCGUGGCGGCCCUGACCAUCAGCACAGGAAGGAUUACCAUGUCGACGGCGAUGAACCACUGAAAACGAAGGAUGCGCCACCGUUCAUCGACUUCCUCGGCGUCGGCGUGUCCUCGUGA